CGACUACCAAAUGAAUCGGACGCGCCAGCGAUUCAGCGGAAUUUCAGAACUGAGAUGUUUACCCAAAAACUGUAUAUACCAAGUGCUUAAAAACGUUUUAAAAAAAAUUGGUUAUUUUUAAUUUCCGGUCUUAUAAGUGUUGAUCAAGUUCCGAAGUUUAGUGUUGUUGAAAUAUUAAACAGUUAUUUUCGCGUUCGUUUUUUGGUGUUCAGAGUGAUUUAAAAUCUAUGACUUGAGUUUUUCUAAUUUGGUUUUGUUCGAGUUUCUAAAACUUUUUCCUUGGAUCUCUCCCAUUACUUGCAUCUUCUGAUCCCCUUCUCCACUCAGAGGAUGCCUGCACGGAAUCCCCAACGACAGCCAAACGGGAACUCAAAUUAAAAUCUAUUUCGGAACUUUCGCUUAAUCAACAAGUUACUUUCGCUUACCCUUUGCUUGAAACUGGAAAAGCGCUCGCUCCGUCGCUCCCAAAAGCGGAUUUCGAGUGCGAUGCUGUGCUAAGCCAUCUGGCAGUGCCCCACAAACGGUGGCAUCAUAUACACUCAAAGGGAAUCGCAAAUUGAAGGCAACAUCGCGGAUUGAGGUGACGGCACAAGCUGACAGCGAGAGGCCGCCAUUUUCCGGUAUUUUGAUUUCGCUUUCCUGGCCCGCAAUGCGCCAUUAACUUGCACAACUUCAAACUCUCCUUCCGCUUCGAUUUAUGUUUUCUGUUGAAAGUUGCGGCGCGCCAGAGACACAUUUUCGUUCGGUAUUUAUGGCAUGUGCUUUUGAUAAUUUAUAAUAAUUUCAAAACGACAAAAAAUUAAUCGCGCAAAGGAAGUUUAAUUAAAAUAAAAGCCAACAUGGCGAUGGAAUGGAUAACUGCAAUGGACAAACGUCCUUGCGACCGCAACUUGCGUGACGUGGAGUUAAUCUCGUGCCGCUUGCGACGCGUGGAGCCGCUGUGUCGCCUUCCAGGAUCGGCGCUCCAGCAGUUGGCCAUGUGCGGAUUCUACGAGGACCUGGAGAAGGGCGUGACACUUUUUCGUGCCGGCGAACAGGGCCGCUUCUGGUAUGCAGUGCUCGGCGGGUCGCUGGAGGUUCGAUACCAUGCACAUGCCGAUGCCGAUGGCAAGAGCGCCGUUACACUGUGCAACCUGGGAGUGGGUGCCACAUUCGGGGAGUCCGUACUGCACGACUUGCCGCGGGACAGCACUGUGGUGACGAAGACGACCUGCGAACUGCUGCGCGUGGAGCAGCAGGACUUCCGACUUAUUUGGGAGAAAAACAAGGAGUUAAUGAAUGACAUUUUCACCAAUUGCAAAUUGAAGAACGGUUUUGGUCCCACCGUGCAGGCAUCAGCCGCGGCUACAUCGCCCACCAAGCGACCUCUCAGCCCGGACCAUCCCAACCCAGCGCUGCCCAUUACUGAGACGCCGAGUCCUGCUAUGAACCGUAUGGGCUGGGCCCUACGCAUACUACUCGUCGCCGACAACUCCAGCUGUCUGAAGGAUCGAAAGGUCUCCGGCAAGCUAAUCCGCAAGUGCGCCCCCGGCACCGAGCUCGUCGACUGGCUGGUCAACCUCUCGCCCAUCGUCCACACCCGCGCCCAGGCGGCGGGCAUGUGGCAGGCCCUCGUCGAGGAAGGAGUUCUCGCACACGUCAACAAGGAGCAGCCGUUCAAGGACAAGUGCUUUCUGUACCGCUUUCGCCUGGACGAGGAGGGCGGAACGGCGGCAGCAGGAGUGCCCCAGGCGGAGGAUCUAGGAGCGGCAAACGAACACAUCCGCGAAGGGCUGAGUGCACUCUUCCAGCGUGGUCCUGACGCCACACUGCGUAUGAUAUUGCGCAAGCCUUCGCACGAAAGGACAUCGGAGGAACUGGAGCUGGUCUUCGAGGAACUGGUCCACAUCGCCGCCCUCUCCCAUUUAUCGACCAGCAUCAAGCGGGAGCUGUCUUCGAUUUUCGUGUUCGAGGCUCAUGCCCAGGCGGGUACAAUAUUAUUCAAUCAAGGCGACGAAGGACGCUCCUGGUACAUCUUACUCAAGGGAUCUGUGGAUGUUGUGAUACACGGCAAGGGAACUGUUGCCACACUGAAGACUGGGGAUGAUUUCGGCAAACUGGCCUUGAUAAACGACGCACCCAGAGCUGCUACCAUUGUACUCAAGGAGAACAAUUGCCACUUGCUGCGCGUGGACAAGGAACACUUCAACAGGAUACUGCGCGAUGUGGAGGCCAAUACCCUGAGACUGCAGGAGCACGGCAAGGAUGUUUUAGUGCUCGAGCGCGUGGCCAAGCAACGUGGACAGCAUUCGGCAUUUAAAUACACGGUAAUGUCGGGAACUCCGGCCAAGAUGCUGGAGCACCUGCUGGAGACGCGACUGGGUCAGUCGGUCGGCGGAAUGGACCCCUUUCUGGACGACUUCCUGCUCACGCACAUCGUAUUCAUGCCCGUCGUGCAGCUGGUUGAUGAAUUGGCCAACUACUUCCAUUGCGAUGCCCAUGAGGAUGCCCAGACGCCCGAGGAUCGGGAGUACAUAAUCAACUUCAAGAAGCGCGUGAUCCAGUUCAUGCAGAAGUGGGUCAUGGCCGUGCGGCAUGCGGCCUUCGAGGAGCCCAGCGUCUGCGACUUCAUCGAGGACCUGGCCGCCGAGGUGGAGGCCGAUCCCGACCUGAACGAGGAGACCAGCAUCGUGCACAACGUGCUCACCCAGAUGGCGCGCUACCAGGAGGACCGCAACCAGAACGCCGGCCAGAAGUGGAAGCUGCCGCCCAACGGCCAGCCCAUCUGUCUGUUCAGCGGCAAUGCGACGCCCUCGAAGACGGUCAUUCGACCAGACGAUGACAUAAUUUUCCGCGUCUAUUGCGCCGACCACACCUACUGCACCCUGCGAUUCCCCAUGCACACCACGGCGGAGCUUAUAAAGGCAUGUGCCGCCGACAAGCUGCAGCUGAACCGGGGACCCGAGGACCUCGUCCUGGUGGAGGUGAAGUCGAACGGGGAGCGUUCCGUGUUCAAGGACAACGAUGUCAGCAUACCAACAGGUCUGUCGCUCAAUGGCCGCCUGUUUGUCUCCGUCAAGGAUCACCUGGAUGCCUUGACUCAGCUGCAGGAGCAAGAGGGCCCCACCGAGGGGGUGGACAUCGACCUGGAGAUUCUGAGCACCAAGGAGCUGGCCUACCACAUCACCCUGUUCGAGUGGGACCUGUUCUGGGCCGUUCAUGAAUACGAAUUACUGUAUCACACCUUCGGGCGGCAUCACUUUGGCAAGAUCACGGCCAACUUGGAUGUCUUCCUGCGCCGCUUCAACGAGGUUCAGUACUGGAUUGUCACCGAACUGGUAUCCACGCCAAGUCUGAGUAAACGCGUAGGUCUGGUCCGGAAGUUCAUCAAGCUGGCCGCCUACUGCAAGGAGUACCAGAAUCUGAACGCCUUCUUCGCUGUCGUGAUGGGGCUGUCCAACAUGGCGGUGUCCCGGCUGCAGCAAACCUGGGAGAAGAUCCCGUCGAAGUUCAGGAAGAUCUUCCAGGAGUUCGAGGCGCUGAUCGACCCCAGUCGCAACCACAGGGCGUACCGCGUGUUCGUGGGCAAGCUGCAGCCGCCGCUGAUCCCGUUCAUGCCGCUGCUGCUGAAGGACAUGACCUUCGCCCACGAGGGCAACAAGACCAGCCUGGACGGCCUGGUGAACUUCGAGAAGAUGCACAUGAUGGCCCAGACGAUGCGCACCAUCCGCUUCUGUCGCUCCCGGAGUCUGGGACUGGAGCCGCCAUCGCCGAAGAGCGAGGGGGAGGUGAGGUCGUACAUCAGCAGCUUCCGCGUCAUCGACAACCAGCGGGUGCUCACCGCCAUGUCCCAGAAGGUGGAGCCCACCAGGAAGCUCUAAGCCCGAAAGGCCCUGUUAUCCGAUUAGCUUGUAGCGCGUAGUAUGUGUCUAACCCCGAGUGUGUGUGUUAAUCAAACCGCAAUUAGCUGCACAGUUAUGAGCUUAGCCGGGUUGUUAUCGGGAACGGCAAUUUGGAGCACGGCCAUCACAACCAUCACAACCCGGACAAACUUUCAUCCACAUCCGCAUUCGCAUUAGCUUAAGCUACAGUGUAUCUAUGACCCCGACUAUGAACUAUCUCAAUCUUCUAAUGAACUGAAACCCAAAAACGCAUUUCAAUGCAAACGAGAAACUUUUUGCUUUAGUACAAAACGAAUGAUGGAAAACAAAUUUAGAAUUCGGAAAUCCCGGCGGAAACCGAAACGAAUAAAAACAAAACUUGGACGUGUGUGAUACUAAACAUUUAGAGGAGGCAACAUCAAAACAAACAGCACUAAACUGCAUAAUUUCCUACAAAACUUUACUAUAUAAAUCCUACGCAAGCUAGUAAAAUAAUUUGUAAAAUUGUAUAACGUAUGCAAGAGCAUGGAAUCUAUUUUUUUAAAAACCCUAAACUAAAUCCAACUAUUUAACAGUCUAGUUGAAGCUAGUUAUUAACAUGUAAGCUAUGUAGCGGAUAAGUUAUUCUAUUAUUAGUUUCGAGUUUUUCUUUCAUUUGGUAAUUCUUUACGCUCCUAAGUACAGCAACUCGCAAAUAAAAUACGAAACCAUUUAUUAAUAUUUAUUUACACAACCAUUGUUUGUUUUAUUUUGUAGAAAAUGUAGUCCUUUUUAUGUUAAGUAAGCUAUUAAAUAUGCAUACGUAAGUGCAUAUAAAACAUUAAACACUGGAGAGGGACCUUAUUAGUUGUAGUUUUGUACAUAUAGACGUGUAAAACCAUUUACAUGGAUUAUGCACUGAUUAUGACUGUGUUCAAAACAUGGGUAGUAUGUACAAUUAAAAAAUUUCAAUCGAAAUACUUCAAAUACAACUUAAUUGAAUGGGAAGAGCACUUAAUGCAUAAUGAGAAAUAUAUAAAAAGGUGUGGGCGUGCUCUUUUUUUCCUAUAUUUUUGGUAAUCUAGAGAGUGUUCCAAAAAGAACACUCGGUUUUCUCAUUAAUGAGAUUAAAAAAAAGAUCUGUAAACGAUUCAUAAAAAAACAUCUCAAUUUUUAAAUGUUUUCCAUUGACAACAUUACUCCUAUUUUGAACACAGCUGUAUAUAUUUGUUGUUAUCAAUAUAUUCGGUACUCAUAGAAUAAGGGCUACACCCUCUGUAUGGACAACAAUCAAAGUUUAUGCAUCUCGAUUUUAUAUCACAGAAAUUCACAAGCCAGUCAAGUUUUUUCUUUGUCACGGUCAGCGCAAUGUAGAAUACUACUUUUUUUUUGGAAUCACCUACUUAGAAUGAUUCAAAUAUUUUACAUAAAAAACUAAUGUAGAAAAAUAAAUGAAAGCCUUUUUAAUACAAAAUAUGUGUACCGAGUAUCCUAAAGUCGGAUAACCGACUAAAGAGUUUUUCUUUUUCAAGAGUCAACCUCUACUGAAAGCCGUUUGACCUGUGGGGUCUGGCGUAAAAUGGAAGAAAUGCCUUAUGCCGACCCUAUGGGUAAAACGAAUUUUCUAGUAUGAAAUCGUAGUAGAUAAUCCUGUAUUUGUAGUUACCAUUCUAACCCAACUCCUCUCCCAAGUAAAGGUCUCUCAAACAACGAUUUAUCUCAUAAACAAACUCCAUUCCUAGAUGUAACCAAAACUUUGACCAUGAUGCGUAGAAUAUAAUUGUCGUGUUUAAUAACAUUUUUUCCUUUACGUACACCAAUCGAACAAACAAUAUAUAUUUAACUGUAAUCCAAGACAUUAAGUAUCCAGUGGUUUCUCCCUCAAACAAAGUAAUACAAGCAAGAGCAAACGAAUUUUCAAUACAACUUUUAUAGAUAUAGCGAACCGAUUCAAACGAUACAAUACUGUUUAGUUUAUAGUUAAUGAGAUGUAAAAAUGUAAUAUUGAUUUACAAGCAACGCAACACCAAUUUUAGUAUGGAACAGUUUGUAAGUAGAGUUGGAAAGCCUUUAAUUACUUUAUCUACACCACGUGCUUCGGAAACGGGUAGAAUCUAUCACAAUCAUCCGCAUAGAAUUGUGUAGGCGUUAUAAACCCGACUCAACCUAACAAUCCUUUGAGGAAAUUUUCGAUAAAAAUAAAACAACUCUUAUAGCAUUAAUGGGACGAGAAGAGUAUAUAAUGUAUUAAAUAUUUAUCUAACGGAUCCAUAAAUAUAGCAUAUAGUUCGUAGAACCUAUUAUUAAGUAAUCGUUUCCGAAAAGAGGAAACCCUUAUGUGUCAAAACCAAGAAUGUUUCUAUAUUUUUGAGUACUGCUAUGUUAAUGCCAACAAUACACAGCAAUUCUUGCUAUUGUUGUGGACUUUCAAUAAUACAGAUAUAAAUACUAUAUACAUAUACCAAAAUAUUUAAUAUGCAAGUACUCUAAAAAGGGAAAAUUUCAAAUUUUACUUGUGAUUCGAUUUGACAAUCUCAAAACAUAACUCUAUGAACUUUUAAUUUUUCCAAUAUUACCUAAGCACUUUGCAUAAAUUCAACAUCAUUGGGUAACUCACGGAUGCACACAAACAGAUAUAUUCAUGCUAUACGUAUAUACCUCCGUUACCAAAAUAUAGCUAAUGCCAAUCAUUCAUAAUCAGUCAGUAAAUGUUCGAGCCGUAACUAGUACUAACCACUAAAUGUUCAAAUCAGUGUUUACAUGUCUAACGCAAAACAAUCUUGAGGUUUACUUACCUACCAUAUAGCAAAAUAGAAUAAAUAGUUCGUAAUACUGGAUGAAGGAGGCUCCCAAGAGCUCACAGUAAGAAGACAACACCAACAAACCACUUAGAAGUAAUUAAAUCCAUCGAGUAUGGAAUAGACGUGCAUAUUGUGUAGCAGAACCAGAGAUCUUUUAACCGUACUACCAGAUUACAUAUACUAAUUACGUGUAUACCCAUAUUGCGAUGAGCGAAGUGAGAUUUAUGCAAAGCAGAGUAAAUAUUUUAAUGGCAAACCUUAAAUGUUGAAACUAAGUGUAAACCAGCAUGUAUCUUUGAAUGUCUAACAUUUUGAACUCAACUAAUAUUCAAAUAAAGAUUUAUGUGUUAGC